AUGGCUGACAUCUCUGUGGAUGGUGUUCCAGUAGUCAACGUCUCUGUGGUUGGUGUUCCAGUAGUCAGCGUCUCCGUGGUUGACAUGUCAGUGUGCAAGAAGCUUUCGGUUGUCGCAAUUGUACUUGACUCCACGGAAGAUGACUCUCCAGCUGAUGUAGAGCUCGAUAUGAUAUCCGGCGUAGACUCUGAGACAGUUUCCGACGAUUCAGACUGUGACAAUGCUGUUGAUAAGGAGAUGGCUGCUAGUGAGGUAGUAGUUGACUCAGUUGAAAGUGAUGUUGACUCUGUUGUAGACUGCACUGUAGUGUCGGUUACAUCUGACGUAGUUUGUUGA